AUGGAGAAGUUUCGCAGGCGCUCUACAGCAGAUAAGCGCCCCAGUCGGUCCGACAGAGCCUUGAGUGGGCUUACUGGGCUGGUCACCGAUCGCAAAAACAGCGUCUCGAGCAGCGUUGCAGAUAUUGACGGCGACUUCUCGGAUGAACGUGAAGACUUCAAAGGCCCUCUAGGACUAAAUCUCCUCCACAGCGUGCCAGAACCCCUGGUAGAUCUUAUUUUCAUUCAUGGCCUGGGAGGCGGCUCGCGGAAAACAUGGUCUAAAUCACCAGACCCCUACCAUUACUGGCCCAAAGAGUGGCUGUCUCGAGACCCAGAGUUCAGCUGCGUUCGUGUCCACAGCUUUGGGUAUAAGGCGGAUUGGGCGGAAAGAAAGUCCAGUUUUCUGAAUAUCCAGGACUUCUCGCUGGCUCUGUUGGGUGAAAUCCAAUGCAGUCCUGAGAUUCGGCGAAGCGACACGAGAAUUGUUUUUGUCGCGCACAGCAUGGGUGGGAUCGUCACAAAAAAGGCAUACAUCUUAGCCAGAGAAGAUCCGACGUUGAAGGACAUCGCGAGUAGGAUUGACACGCUUUACUUCUUGGCGACACCCCAUCGUGGAGCGGACUUGGCAGGGACGUUGAACAAUGUCCUGAAGGUAUGUUUCGGUCAGAAGCAUUAUGUGACAGAGCUGGAACGCAACUCAGCGUCGCUUCAAUCAAUCGACGACAGCUUCCGCUAUUUCGCGCACGAACUACAACUGUGGUCGUUCUACGAGACCGUCCCAUCCAGCCUACCCCUUGGCAAUUCAAUCAUUGUCGAGAAGGAAUCUGCGACUCUUGGCCUUCCGAAAGAACGAGUGUUCCUUCUGAAUGCCGACCACCGAGCAAUAUGCAAGUUUGAAACCCCAACGGAUGCCAACUACAAGACCCUGAGAAAUGCGUUCAUCGCCACCAUUGACUCGAUCCAGGCCGCAGUCCCCCAGAAUACAUCCGAUACGUCCAAGUCCGAUUACUCCAACCUCAUCGCUCUCACUGGUGUGAGCGAGGCCCCUAUCGAUAACCUUAUAGCCCUCGAAGACCGCCGUGUUGCGGGGACAUGCGAAUGGCUGAACUCGAGAGAUCAAUAUACUACUUGGAAAUCAGCGUCAUUUCCAGGCCGACCGAUAUUUUGGCUGACGGGCGACGCGGGGAGCGGCAAGUCAGUUCUAUCCAGCUACGUGGUAAACGACCUCGAGGAAUGUGGCUAUCGAUGCAGUUACUUCUACUUCGGCCACGGCAGUGCUAGUAACUGUUCUAUCACGAGAUGUCUUCUUUCGCUUGCCUUUCAGAUGGGCCAAAAAGACGCAGCGGUCCUCCGGGGUCUGUCGAGGGCCUACGGGGGGUCUCAGAGCCUAGAGCAGCUGGACGAGAGAACCUUGUGGCGCAAGGCAUUCAUGGGGUCUAUUUUUACCGGACACAGCAGUGAACCGCAUUAUUGGGUCAUCGAUGCAAUUGACGAGUGUCGACGACUUCCUGUGUUUCUUUCGCUACUGUCCAAGGCACCAUCGCAUUUGCGUAUUUUUCUGACGAGCCGUCACACAGCCGAAGCGCACCAAACUAUCAUGUCAAACAGUCAGACAGUUGGGCAUUAUCCAAUACAAGAACAGGACACAAUCGCUGACUUGGGGAUCUACAUCGACUCAAGAAAACACUUUCUUCCGGUCGAUAACAAUGACGGCCAGCAGGACUUGAAGACCAAGAUACUGGAUAGAGCCGGGGGGUCUUUUCUGUGGACUUCCCUCGUGGUCCAAGAGCUCGAGAAUGUAUACUCGGAGGAGGCAGCGGAGGAGGUUCUCAACGAGGUGCCCGCGGAUAUGAACGAUCUGUAUGCCAAAAUGCUGGUAGGCGUACCGCCGAAAGGUCUUAGACUCGCGAGGUCGCUUUUCACCUGGACCCUGUUGGCAAUGCGACCACUGUCCCUAGACGAGCUGAAACCAGCCGUCAAGUUGGAUACAGGCGAGACCGUCCACAACUUGCCGAAUGUCAUCAUGGCCAUUUGCGGACAGCUGAUAGGAUUGAGUUACAAUGGUCAGGUUCAGUGCAUUCAUCAGACCGCAAAGACGUUUCUACUCCACCAGGAGGUCGUGCCAUCGCUAGCCAUCAGUAAGCCAAAGGCUCACUCGAGAAUCGCCGAGUUGUGUCUCAGGUCGUUGAGUGCGAGGUUCAGCAAAAUGGCUGGCCGGGGGAAUAAGGCAGCUACGGCAUCGUCAGCGUCACAGUCCGAUAUUGCGGACUACGCUGCCUUGUACUUUUCCGACCAUCUGCAACGAUGCGCAUCGGAUGACUACGUUGCUUGGAAGCUACUGGUCGAGUUCCUAGACAACCAUGUGCUUAUGUGGAUUGAGUACCUUUCUCAAACAAGAAGACUGCAGCAUUUGACACGCACAGCAAAGAAUCUGAAAGUCUACCUUAUGCGCCGUCUCAAACACAUUCAGCCAUUUUCAAAUGAGAAGGAAAACCUAGAGGCAUGGAUCCACGAUCUCAUCAGACUCAAUGCAAAAUUCCGAGCGCCGUUGACAGUUUGCCCGUCUGUUAUCCACAGCGCAGUGCCCGCGCUUUGUCCUUCCGAGUCGGUAAUAUCAAAGACGUACGCUGCCCGCCCUCGGGGGAUUAUCGUGAGGGGUGCGAGGGAGACAAACUGGGAUGAUUGUCUAUCGAGGAUUGAGUAUUCCGAUGCGCGGGCCAACGCGGUCACCUACGGCGAUCAUUACCUGGUGGUCGCAGUGUCGGACGGAACGAUAUUGCUGUACCCUCGCGAUUCAACAGAGCCCAGCAUUACGCUAUCUCAUGGUGAGCGGGUGCUGGACCUCGUCUUGAGCAAUGAUGACCUGUACCUCGCGUCGAGUGGCCCGCGGACGAUCCGAGUCUGGGACACACAGACGCAAACGCAGAUUCGGAGUUUUGAUGUUCAGCACUCGCCCCUUACACUGGCCUUUGCGGAUGAAAAUACCUGUCUAGUGGCUGUGACCAGCGGAAGCUAUACAGUAUCAUGGGAUCUGCAGAACGAUGAAAACGAAGAAGAAAUUUGGUGGUGGGCGAGCAGUUUCCACGAAGCAUCGGGCGAAGCGAAGCCCGUCCAGCCCCCGGGAAAGGCCAUUUUGUCGGAGGACUGCAUGGUCCUUGCCGUAAGUUACAGAGGAAAGCCAAUAUAUCUGUUUGACAUAAAGACGGAGUCAAUGAUUGGAUCCUGCAACAGGUCUUCUGCUAGAGCCAAAGGGAGCGAGUACGUCGUUGACGGCAUGGUCUUUAACCCGAACCCCGAGAUCAGUGUUCUGGUAGCGUCGUACGGAGACGGGGGGCUAGCAGUAUUUGAUCAAUGGACUGCCGACCUAUGCUACCAAGUGCCGAAUGUGUUCGCCCAUACCCUAGCCUGCUCGCCGGACGGGCGCAUGUUAAUCACAGGCAGCGCGCGGGGCACAAUCCAGCUCUUCGAGUUUUCCGGUGCACGUGGCACAAACCUAACGCUGACGUAUCGAAUCAACGCGUUCGAGGAAGGAAUUCGCGGCAUUGCAUUCAGCAGCGACAGCCUGCGCUUCGCUGAUAUUCGAGGCUCCCAGUGCCGCAUAUGGGAGCCGAGUGUGCUUGUCGCUAACGACUUUGACGAGGGCAGCCAGAGCGAUCUUAGCCAGGCUCUUACGCUCAAUCCACGCUCUGUCGGUAUGCUCGAGGGGCCCCCGGAGGCUGAUAUUACCGCUGUUUGUCUGCAUCCCAGUGGGCAGUACCUGUUUUAUGCAAAACAGGACGGCACCGUGUCGUAUUUCGAUGUUUUGGGUGCCGCCCAUCGCGGAGUCUUGUAUCAGCAUGCGCAGAAUAUUAGAAUCAAUUGCAUUGCGUACUGCGAACAGGCUGGGCUGCUGAUUACCGGGGACGAAUCCAGUCGGAUUCUGGCGACCCAGAUCAAGUCUACGUCUAGCGGCUGCGAGCUGGUUUCUACAGUUAUGGACAUGCGCUCAGAUUAUCCCGUUCUAGCCUUGCUUGUCAACAUCAGUGGCACUAGGCUACUUGUCCAAGGGAGGGGCUCGGCUCAAAUGUGGACAAUGUCCGGGUCGAGGACCGACACGAAGUUUGACUUGCAGCAGUCCAACAAUGACUCUAGUUUCUUAAACCAUCCCUUACAGCCCGACGUUUUCUUAUCUAUUAGCCCUAAUCACACCGCCUCCUACGCGUGGGAUGAAGACUCGAAAGGAAAUGGCACAAGUGGUACCGCAGCUCAGGGUACACAUGACUCCACAUCCCCAAGUCUGGCACAUCUAACUAGCCCUCAAAAACACGUUGCCGUUCUCAGCACAUCGCACGACAGUGCAGAAAAGAGUCAUCCCUACGAACUCAAAGUCUGGGACGCUUCCCAGAUAUCCACGAACAGAGACUUUCCCGAUCCACUUUCCUUUCCUAACUUUGAACAUAUAUCCGCCAACAUGCGCCAGAUUAUUCAUGUGGACAAGAGUCUUCUUAUCCUUUUGGAUAAAGAUCUAUGGAUAUGCAGCGUGGAUAUCACCCAGUGGAUUGCGCACAGACAAGGCGCAAAACGACACUUUUUCCUCCUCUCAGAGUGGAAGGGCAGCACGCACAACUUUCUAAUCGAAUAUAUUCCCUUGAGACGGGAGUUUGCCAUAGUCCGGAAGCACGACAUUCUCAUUAUCCGACGGGGUCUCGACGUGGGGACGCCGUUAGACUAA